GCAAAACCGGUGAUUUCCGAAGGGUAAACUGUGUUGAGAGAGUGGUAUGGUAUAAAAAAAUCAAUUUUCUGUACUGUAGGACUCCUGUAGUUGGACCCUAAAUUUCUAUACAGGAUUAGGGUUUUGGGGAGGAGAAAUGGCAGGUGAAGGAUUGAAUAUCAGAAAAACCAGUACCAGUAUUUGCGAGAACGACGAAGAAAAAGAUGAAAACAAUGGCACAUCAACAACAACGACGACAAGGAUAUUCGUUGGGGGUUUGGGAGCGACCGUGAAAGCUGAAGAUCUUCGCAACACUUUCUCUUCUUUGGGGACCAUUGAUUCAGUGGAGAUAGUUCGCACCAAAGGUCGCAGCUUUGCUUACUUCGACUUCCUUCCUUCUUCCCAGAAAUCUCUUUCCAAGCUUUUCAGCACGUAUAAUGGGUGCAUGUGGAAGGGAGGGAGGCUGCGACUUGAGAAGGCUAAAGAGCAUUUUCUUCUUUGCUUGAAACGGGAGUGGGCAGAAGAUGCUAAACUUGCAAAUAGUUCAUCUAGUAAUGCUGUUGAUGCAACUAGGAACAUGGAUUCUACUGAAAAGCUCAAAAAUGUCAUGAACCUGGAAAAGACGGAGGUUCGGCUUUUCUUUCCCAAAUUAAGAAAGGUGAAAUUGUUGCCUUUCAAUGGAACUGGCAAGCACAAAUACAGUUUCCAACGUGUUGAAGUUCCUCCUCUCCCAAUCCAUUUUUGUGAUUGUGAGGAGCACUCUGAUCCUUAUCACACUGCCAAAGAAAAAGAUUUUUCUGAUCUCGAAACACAAUGUGGCGGAAUAGAUGAUAAAGAGCUUAACAUGAUGAAGUCAGUGAUGAACAAGCUCUUUGGGAAGGAAAAUAUUUCGAAGGCUGCAUGCACCGAGACUGGGUUGGUCAACAAGGGAGACAAUGUGACUAAAUUAGUUGAUGACCAGCGAGUUGAUGAGAAUGAAACAGAUGAUAUGACUGAUGAAGACAACCUUGUAAUGAAUAUGGUGGGAGGGGGAAAGAACAUUACAGCUUUGUUAGGGAGUCGGGAACAGGAAAGAGUCUUGGCAAAUGAGGUGGCAAUAAUCAAUGAACUGCGAACUUCUAAAGAUAGGCCAUCUGGGAAUGUGUUCAAAAGUGAGAGAAGGAAGAUUGUACCUUCGGACAAGAAGAGAAAAUCACCUCUCUCAGCGGAGACCAAUGGAAAUGAAGUAGUGCCUGCUAACCCUGAGAGGAAGAGGAGUGCAAAAAAAGCCAAUUUACACGCAUCUGCUCAAGCCAUAGGCCUAGAAUCAGGUAUUGAGCAAUCGAAUAAAAAUCUUUCAUGGUCACAAAAGUCCAAGUGGAGAGAUCUGUCUGGUGAAAGGGGCAACACUUCAUUCUGCAUCUCAGAUAUUAUGCAAAGCACUGCUUCUACUAAAGAAGAAUCGAAGUCUGACGGUGUUAACGUUCCCAACUUCACCAAGUUCCAAAACCAGAACCUGGUGAAGCAUACAAACUUGGAAUCUCAACCCAGCCGGUCUGAAGAGGCAAAGGAAGUUGCUGUAACCCAACCGAAUAAAUCAAAUACAGCUUCAAAUAAAUAUGCCAGAGGUGCAUCGUGGCUACAACGGUCGUCCUGGACCCAAUUGGUUGGUGCAACAAAUAAUUCAUUCAGCAUUUCCCAACUUUUGCCUGGUAUGACUUUCAAAGAACAAGAGCACUUGAAGCCCAAGAGCAUGAAUGUCACAAAUUCAGCUGGAGGUGAAUCCUCUAGAGGUGCUUCUAAAGCUUCAGGAAUAGGCAACGAGGAAAUCAUUACUGCGAAUAUUUCCAAUACUAUUGCUUUGCCUACUGGUCCGGAUUCUGAGCUGAGUUCUCCACAAAAAAAUCUGCAGGUUUUUGGUGAUCAAGCAGAUGAGAUUACUGCUCCGAAGGAAAAUCGUGCAGCGCCAGUGCAACAAUCCGUUAGGAACUUUACAAUUGGUGAAACUUGCACUUUCAUGAGGAGUGAUGCUUCCAUGAGAGAGUGGAUGAAUGCCAAAACAGCUUUAAGUGGGCAACUCAAGAAAAAAAAUAAUGAGAAGUAACUGCCCUACGUGUUUCUAGAAAAUUUUGAAAGGUGAGGAGGUGAUGUAGUUGAAUCCCAAGUAGUUUGUAUCGAGACUUCAUUAAUUGUUGAAGUGAAUUUGAGAAUGAGUUUGGCUUCAUGUCUGUAUAUGAUAACAUUGUCAUGAUCGAGUUUUUCUUUCUUGCUUGUUCUUCAGGACCAGUUAACAACAUUUCUUGAUUCACUAGAUUUUACACUCCCACUUGUUUUGUGCAUUUUCUGACAUUUGGUACAACAAUCUGAUUUCUA